AUGGGUGCGCUGGCCGUCGCAAUAGCAGAGGCAGCGCAUGCGGUGGUGCGCGUGCUAGUAGCGGCAAGGGCAACAGCAGUAGCAGAGCGUGUGGCAGCAGCUGUAGUGGCGGGGAUCCUGCAACGGGUGCACAGCGGCAAAAGUGAGAGUAGCAGCAGGAGUGCGAGCAGCGGUGGCGGUUCACGCGGCAGCAGCGGGCGCGCUGCAGUGCCAGGCCUAGGGCGGGGCGCGGAGGGGCUGCUAAGUGGGCGCGAGCGGUUGCACUUAGGGGGCGCGCUGGGGGGCUAG